CACAGGUCAGGGCACAUGAGAGCAGACAUCAGCGCUCCACCAGUGGAACCAUUCGUGCUCCCAAUUCCCUGCCGGCUUAUGCAAGUACAGAUGUUGUGGACGGACUUGGUGUUGUUAUAUCCCCCGGGUCUGAGCUUGUGAGUUACUCCCCUUACAAUGAUGGAUGGACGAUGUGGCUGGGAGAUGUGCCCAUGAGCAGCGCGGAAGUGAGGCACAAUGAGUCUGCCCGGAACAGAAGCUCAGCACCGGUGCGGGAUAGACCCAGAUCGUUGGGUAAUCCCAACACAUGCAGGGUUCAAGCCAUGCCCACCAUAACAGCUUUUCAGAGGUUUUCCAAUAUUUUCAAGAGGGACAGUUGGAAAGUUAGAAAUAGGCGCCGUAACGGUAGACCAUCUUCUGAGUAUAACACUCCACCCCACUAUGCAACAGUACCUAGAAAUGAAACCGCUUCCGACGCUUUGAGCAACCAUCAUCAGUUUUAUGACAUUUCAAGGGAGAGGAACUCUACCAGACCCCACAGAAGCAGGUUUCCAGAUCGCAUGUGCCUGAGUUACGACAGCGCUCAGGCAGCAUACACCCUCGGGCCCCUGAGCCCCAG